GAGCAGGGGCGCAGCUGCUGGAGGAGGAGAUGCAGCGCGGCUGGGAGCGGGACCAGGCCCAGCUGAAGGCAGAUGUGAUUGAGCAAGAUACAGAGGCAUGGCAAAGCAGUCCCUCCUUUGCGGGGUUGGAAAGAGUUGGAGGGGUGGACCUGUCUUACGUCAAAGGAGAUGACACGAGUGCCUGUGCUUCACUAGUAGUACUCAGCUACCCAGACCUCGAGGUGCUGUAUGAAGACUGCUGCAUGGUGGCAGUUAACGCCCCCUACGUGGCAGGCUUCCUAGCUUUCCGAGAAGUCCCCUUCCUUGUGGACGCUAUGCAACGGUUGGAGGAGCGCCGUCCUGGCCUGAGGCCUCAGGUCCUCCUUGUAGAUGGAAAUGGCAUCCUCCACCAUAGAGGGUUUGGCCUCGCCUGCCACCUUGGCGUGCUCACCGGUCUGCCUUGCAUUGGUGUGGCCAAAAACCUCCUGCAGGUCGACGGUUUAUCCAAUGAUGAGCUACAUAAAGAACAAAUCCGGGACCUGCAGGCAGGAGGAGACACAUUCCCUCUAUCAAGCACGUCAGGGAGAAUCCUGGGUAUGGCCCUGCGCAGCUACGCCAAGAGCACCAAACCUGUGUAUAUUUCUGUGGGCCACAAAAUGAGUCUUCAGUCAGCUGUGCGCCUUGUCCACUCUUGCUGCAAGUACCGGGUCCCUGAGCCCAUCCGUCAGGCAGACAUAAGAUCCAGAGAAUACAUCCGGAAGCAUGUGGAGGCCUCUUCGGCUGCAGUAUCUCAGCCAGAGAGGAUGAGUGAAGAUGCAGACUCUGAACACUGAUGUGGCACCAGGGACAUUCUACGACAUCUUUUAGUCCAGAUGAGUCACACCGCUGCCUCCUGGACAGCUUGCCACUGCCGCUGUCACCCUUGGGGGAAAUGCAAGUGGGCACGAGGGGAACACAGUGGCUGCAGCAUCAGGGGACUAAGAGCUGCCCUUGGGCAAGCCUCAUCCAUUUCUUUGCCAUCCCAGCGGCUGUUUCCCACUCCUUGUGGCAGAAAAAUCUGUAUUUGCAUCCAGGUGCAGACCAAUCUGGGAGACAGCGAGUCGUAGCUCCCUGGGAGUGUAUAAGAUACAUGUUUGGCACGAUCAUAAAUUGUGUUUUUAUAGUAACAUACAAAGUACCUUUUGAAUAUGUAAUACGAAAAGAAACCCCUAGCCUUAGUGAAAAGAAUGGAAGGA